GAUAAGUGAUAAGUGAUAACACUAAAAAUCAACAUUUAGGAUAAUUUUGAGAUAUAUUUUGAAAUUUUCACCGCAAUUUCGUCGUUACGUUUGAUAGAUUUUGACAUAAACUAGGGUCAUCGACCAUCAAGAGAUCAACAGUUACGAUUGCUUGUUAUUUCUGAUGAGUGUUGAUGAGAAGUGUGUUCGGAGACGACCAAAUUUUGUUUGGGAUGGUAUAUGGUAUAUUUUGUUUGUUGCAGUUUCGUAAAAACAAUUAUGAGAUGUCCCAAAAUUUAGAUGACUGUGACGAGCCUUAAUCACUAUGAAAUUACUGCAAGAUCAUUUUGAGCAGCAAUAUAUCUGAAUAAAGAACCACAAAUAAUUUAGCAUUAAUUAUAUUAAUAUACUUACAUAUUCAAUGUUUUGUUUACAAUUAUAGUUUUAUCGCGAGCAUUGAAUACAAUGUGCCGCAUUGGAGAAGAUUUGUAUAUCGAGCCCAAUUCAACGCGAUUAGUUAUGCACACUACCAAUAGUUGGCAUACCGUAUAUGCAUGGUUUACAUUUGACUCGUCAUUCUUCUCUAGUUAUUAUUUUACUGAAGACGACGAACAAAACAGUGAAAAUUCAUUGAAAUGUAAAAUAUCACUCAAGUCAUGCAUUACAAUAUUCAAAUCUCCACAUUUAUCCCGCUGCUUAGAGUCAUGUCAUAUGGAAAUUAAAAGUAAUGCAGAUACAAUUACUAUUCAAUUGCGUUAUUCAAAUUUUUGUGUUAAAACUCAUUUGAUACCAGUACUAGAAUAUUCAGCAUUACAAGUGAAUCAAAAUGUUGAUACAAAUCAUGUACUCUGUAUUGAUUCAAAGGUGUUAUCAGCUGCUGUUAAACAUUUCCAAAACAGUGAAACCGACAUUACAUUAAUUGUAACUACUGAAAAAGUGAUAUUGAAAACCCACUCGGAAUCUUGUCGAGAUAUAAGACAAAUGUUAAGAACUGAAUUGAACUUGCAGUCAUCAGAAUUUGAUAUAUAUGAUGUUGGUGAAGGCUGUUGUAUUACAUUUUCUCUUAAAGAAAUACGACCACUGUUGGCUUUCGCAGAGCACAUGACAUUACCAGUGAUUAUUCGUUUUAGUUCUCCUGGAAUGCCUAUGGUAUUUGGACUUAAAAAAGGCUUGACAUUUGAAAGCCAGUACAUAUUAUCAACAAUGAAUGAUAAUGCGUUAUCUGGAGAUUCUAAUUCCAUACGUUUACAUAUAAAUGCCAUCGACAACACUCAGAGUAGUAAUGAGCAACCAGAAAAUCUGUUACCCAAUAUAAAUCGAACUCAAAUGGCAAGUUCUAGCUUACGAACUCCUAUGCGAGUACAAGUUGAGUAUCCAGAUAGUAUUUCAAGAAAACGGAAACAUCCGUCAACCAGUCAACAACCGCCAAAAAUAGCCAAUUCAGUUAGUUCUAUUUCAGUAAUUGAGCAGUUCAGAGAAGAAUGUUUAGAAGAAGAUGUUUUAUUAUCUCAGGUUGCUGACUACCAUAUCAAUGAUGAAUCAAAUAAAGCAAAUGUGAACAAGGAUAAUAAUUUUACACAAGAAUUUUCUGAUACUGCACUUGUAUUUGCCAGAUGUCAUUCGUUGCCUAUAAGAAAUUCCCCUAUUAAAGGAAAGGGAAAAGUUCUGGUGUAUGAUUCAGAUGGACUUAUAGAUGAUUCUGAUUAGAAUUGAUUUAAUUAGUGUACACAAUAAUCAUUAGGAAAUAAACUUAAACUAAUUUAUUUCUUCAUUGGCUGCUCAAGUUGUAUGUUCAAAAUUUUGUUAAAUAAGCUAUAAAAUAUAAUUUCAUUGUAAAUAAUUAA